CUGGCCACUCUAAACUUCGACCAUUUUUUGCCACGGAUUGUGUAUGUAGUUUUAAUUGUCUUGAAAAAAAGUGGGAUAAAGUGGAUGUCAGCGUUUAGUGGCUGCUUUGAAAAGUACCAAGUUUACUGCUAGACACUGUGCGCCACCUUGUGCCGCGAAACAAACGAUGCCCAUGCAAUAGUUCCAUUUACGAAAACGGUACGAAGCCAGCUUCGAUAUUCGAAUUUUGAAGUGCGUAGCAAAUUUGAAACGAACUUCAUACAACCGAAAAAAGCGACGAGACGCUCAAUUGAACGCAAAGAGCAGAACGCUAUCGUUCUGUUUUGGCGGAGUGGACUUAAGUAAUGCUAGUUUCUUUGGACACUUGCAGCUCUUCGUAGACGCUGGGACCUAUUCUGUCCAUUGCUUUGAGUGAAGCAACCGUCGCUUUCCUGGAAAGAUGGUGUCCACCCGCCAAAUGUGCGGCAGUGCCGCCAGCGGGGCCGGAUCCACCUUUGCGCCGCCACUAGAGGCAGCCAGCACCUCUGGCUCUUCCUCCUCCACCUCCAUGUCGUCGAAUGUGGUAUCGCAACAGGGAGCCCAGGAGCCAGAGUCCACGGGCGCUCGUACUUCCGUCCUGCGGCGCACGGCCAACUACAACAACAAUCCAUCGCAAACGCAAUCGCAGCUCUCCUCACCGGCCACCCUGGCCUUCUCAGCCAGCGUGGUGACCCGCCACCACUCGUACAACAUGCAGAUGCAGCGGAGCGAUCGGGUGCGACCUGCUGCUGCUGCUGUUGCUGGUGGCCAUGUCACCACCCCGACGACAAAUCUGCUCGAUCUGCCCAACGAGCUGAUCGAAAAGACGCUCAGCUAUUUGGACUACAAGAAAAUCUCGCAUCUCAGAUUGGUGUCGCAUCGCUUCAACGACAUUUCUAUGGCCAUGCUGAACGCAGCCUUCUCCAAGCAGAUCAAGACGACGUUCAGCCGCUUCCAGUCGAUCAAGGCCAGUAUGCCACGGCGGGAAUCGGCCCGCCGUAACCACCCGCUGGCCUGCGAGUGCGACAUCAUCGAGACCUGCUAUAUGCGGCUCUCCUUGCUCCAGAUGUCCAUGGGUAAACACAUUGAGCGGGGUCACUGCUGCUUCUUUCCAGGCGCCAUAUUGGAUGAAGUGCAGGCCAUUUUAAACUAUAUCAGUAUUACGCCCAGGCUGCAGCGACCGUAUCGGGUAACCGAUGAGCUCUUCGAUCUCUCCACCAUGGCCAUGGAAUACUUUAAGGACCGCAUCGAGCCCACACUUCCGGGUCUGGCCUACUUCAACAAGGAUUUCUACAAGUUGCCCACCACUACAAAACGACCCAUUCUUGCCAUCAGCUCAGAUCUCGAGGACAGUGCCAGCAACUCGCCCCCACAGAAUCAUAUGGUGCUUCGCAAGGGCAUCCGGAAGAUUAAACAGGGCAUGAAGAUGUACAACAACCAGCUGACGGUGCUGCGCACCGAGUUGCGAACCUGCAAGCGGAAAGCUGCCGAGCAGAGCAAGCAGCUGGCCGAGCAGCAAAAUCUCUUGGCGGAGCAGCAGAAACAGACUUUGGAGUACGCCAAUCGGCUGGACGAGAAUGACAAGAAAAACGAGGAGAUGGCCCGCAAGUUCUCCACUCUUUUACAGGAGCUCAACAAGUGCAAAACGGAGCUGCAGUUUUGGCGCUCCAAAAGUCCAGCCAUUCCUGCCGUGUGCAGCUCGUGCAAUCAAAAGGCAGCACCUGUGGUGCCGCCAGAGGAUUUUCAGGUGCUGGUCAACCAAGGUGUCGAUCCGGAGCACUUCAUCAUCAUUAGCGAGGAUGCUGAUGGGGAUACCGAGAGUGAUGUUAGUGUGGGCGAGCUGAAAGAGUUUGCCUCCCCGGACGAGUCCACUACAGCCAAGCUUCUGGCUGUGAGUUCGGCCGCAAGGAAUCUCAAGCGGAAACAGCCGUCGGAGGGCCCAUCCAACGCCAUUGCGUCAACUUCGAAGGCGGCGGAAGCAGCCCAAUCCAAUCAGCAACUGCAGACAGCCGGCGGCUACUCGCCGAAGCUCUUUUAUGGCAAUCACCAGCGCAGCGGCGUUAUAGUCAGUCCAGUUUCCAUGAAGCUGGCGACUGCCUCACAGCCGGCCACGGAAACAGUGACCGUGGCGCCGGCUGGUGGCCCCGAGGCUACCGAAGAACCGGAGGAGGCGAAGAAGGCACGUAGAGUACAAAAGACCAGCAGAUAUGUAAAUACAGCUGGCAAACGGAGUAAAUAAGGUUUAGAAAUACGCAUAUACACUUUAAAUAUUUUGUACCACUUAUUUACAUAAAAAAAAGCGCGCGUUUCCCGGAGUCGUCUAGCUGCCAGUGAUGCGGGCUAGAGAUCGGGGCAUGCGCCGUAGUGUUAACGGAGGAAUCAAAUUAAAUAUACACACAUAUAUCUAUUAAU